UCUAUCAUGAGGCCUUCUCCAGCUUUGAGGGCGUCGGUAUCCUGCAAUUCAGGCCCGACUCCGCAGCUGUGAGCGCCUCCCUUCUGUUUGGGGGCCACGUCCCGGGCCCCUCUGCCCGUGAAGUCCUCUGGACCCUGCACCGCUCAGUGAAGGCCGCAGGGCAGAUGCUGGGGAACCUGUCCUUGGAUGAGAGCAGCCUCGCCUCGGAUGGGUCCAACCUGACUGACCUGGCCCUGGAGACCCUCAGCAUCCAUCUCACAGCCAUGGAGCCCUUCCAUCCCCUGCUCCUCCUGCCCGGCUCUGCCCCCUUUGUCCUGCUGGAAAAGAAGAUCCUCCCACAGGUCACGGCCGUGGUGGCAGAAUUCUAUUCAGCGCAUCCCCAGGAGGGGCCCCUGCUCCUCUUCAGUAAUGUGGACCAGUGGGUGGGCCUUUACAUCGAAUACAAGUUCCAGACCCCCAUAGCUACCCACCUCCCUGGCUUGGCCAAUCACCUGGCCCGGAACAUAAUGGAUCCUGCUGUCCAGAAAUCCAGCAUCAUGGCCAACGGGGAGAAAGCAGAGCUGGUGCUUUGCGAAGUGUGGCUGCAGAUCCUGGACCAACCCUUCACCGAGGCCCUGAAGGACAAAACCAGCCCUAAGUCCCAGAGACUUCGGGGGCAAUUGACGAGAUGGCUGACCACUGUCCUCAGGCCUCUGCGGACCUUCGGCCAAGUGGUGGUGGAGAAGUUCCAGCCUGACCCACUGACCGCCAGGGUGACCGCCACCUUCUUCAGGCCUGCACCGGCCCGAGCCCUCGUGCAGGGCUGCGUGUUCCAGGGUCUGCGAGCCCUGCAGGAAACUGAGGGCCUCUCUGCGCAGAUGGUCAUCCCAGACCUCGCUUCAGGUCAGGCUGACACCUUCAUCCCCUGCUAUGCUGUGGCUCUCAUUAUCCUGGGUCUCCUGUUUCUUGCGUUCACCUUGGUCCUGGUGUGGAAACGGAAGACCUGCUUUGGGGUGUCCAGACACAUGCGGUGCCCCUUCCUGCUGUUGCUCCUCUAGUGAAACCAAAUUCCAGACCUCUCCUCCUGCCCCAACCUGCUCCCAGCCUUCCAGAGUCAGCACUCAGCCCUGAGAAGCAGAGCCAGAGCAGAAAGGCCCCAGCCUGAGGUCCCCACAGCAUGGGGAGUGGGGGGCUUCCUCCCUUCCAGCUCAGCUGAGGACUAGACUCUGAGGGAACGACAGAGGUGGGCUGGGGGGAACAGCCCCUCACCACCCACACCAGGGAGACCAGCACACGUUAGCCACAGCAGCCGCCUCCACUAAAGGUCUGGGGAAACCCUUGAGGUCACCGACAUACUCAGGUCAAGCCCUGUGGAGCGGAAGAUGGCAAUACGGAGGCUGCAGAAGAUGCGGGAAGGGGAACAGACCUGGCUUCCUCAUGCUUGGCUUGACACCGUAGUGGGGCUAGAGGUAUUACUGGCCUCAAGACAAACUCUGGUUGUUUGGGGUAUGGAA